UCGCACUUCUCCAAGCUCAAGACGGGCUCCAAUGGUGUUGAAGAUCGAUCUAUGGCGCUUGAGAACUCUGGUUCGACGCUUUCUCUCUCUAGGUAUCGGUUUCUCUCUCAAAAACUCGGAACUCCCUGAAAAUUGGCCUUCUUCCUGUUUUAUCAGCUGCCUGUCGCGAUACCCGGUCAAAAUACCCGGUCGGGUAUUUUAUGGUUCG